CCGUGCGUGUCGUGACCGCGCCCUGCGCCUCGUCCAGCCCCGCCACGCCACGCCACGCCACGCCACGCCACGCCACGCCACGCCACGCCCCGCGGAGCUGACACGAUGAUUGGGGACGCCGACGACAGCCUGGUGGACGUGGUCCUGCACGCAAGCAGCACCGAGAGACUGUGCCCGGACGGAGCGGCGUCGGACUCGCCGCUGAAAACAGCCGCAGAUCGCGCCGUACUGCUGUCCAAGGUGACCGCGGGCGAGGAGGACCCCGAGGAGGCCGCGGAGCGCCGCAGCCAGUGCUGCUGGGUGCUCGUGCUCGUGCCCAGCUGCUCGCUCAUCCUCACCGCCGCGCUCGCCACGCUCACCGUGGGCGCGCUCAUGGCCGCCUCGUGCUCCGUGCAGGCGCAGUACGAGGAAUCGUGUCACGUGGUCCGCGAGGCCAUCCUCAACUCCACGAGCAAGGACCUCCUCCUACCCCGCUCUUCUUUCAGGGUGGAGUCGGCGGACUCGACGCACGUGACGGUGCGCCACAUGUCCCCCGUGAACGGCGCCCAGUACCACGUCUACUUUCUGCUCAAGUCGGGCGAGGACCACUCCUGCACGUGUCUGACCCUGGCGGCGUCCAGCAUCUGGUUCCAGCCGGACGACGCCGGUGCCGGCUACUGCGCCCUGCAGCACCUGACCAACUUGGGCCUGACCGUCCGCAACUCCACCGAGCUCUCCUGCAACAGCCGCGCGCUCAGCGUCUGCCACCCGCCGCCGGCCACACCCUCGCCGCCCUUCGGACCCAUCGGCCCCCUUACUCUGCCCAUUGUACCCCCUCCCAUGCCCUGACUGCCUUUACCCAGGAGAGAGAAAACGAAACGACUGUUGAAAUACAUUUUGUUUAUUCGUUAAGUUACAUAAA